GUUUCUCCCAGUUCUUCGAAGAAUAAGCAUUAGCCAAAUACACCAUGAAUGUCUCUUGUCAGUGCGGCGCUGUCCAGAUGACGGCUUCGCGCCCCGAACCCAUCGAUGUCUACUGCUGCCAUUGCCUCGAGUGUCAGAAGCAGUCCGCUUCAGCCUUUGGCACAUCGGCCAUCUUCCCCGCUGAUAGCAUGUGGCCGCUCCCCGCCGAGGUUCAGUCCCAGCUCGGCCUCUGGACACGUCCCGCCGAUUCGGGCAACACGGUCGAGUGUUACUUUUGCAAGACGUGUGGUGUGAGGGUCAUUCAUCGGAGCAUUCUACCUGAUGGUAACCCAAAGCCUUACCUGAGCAUCAAGGGUGGGUUGGUGGAGGGAUUGAAGUGGGAUGCGCCGAAGCAUAUUUUUACUCGGACUGCUCGAGUGCCUUUUCCUGAGGGAAGUGAUCCUGGAUCUCCAACGUCUCACCCCGUUGUGAAGAAGGAUUAGAUGUUGGUCUAGACAGUGUUUUGUAUGGGAGCAUGUUGAUGGAGUUGGGGAAGCGUAUGAGUGGAGUUGGCUGAGCGUGACAAUGAAGACAGUGUUCGUGGGAUCUGCAAAAUGAGACGUAGUCGAGAUUAAAUCAAGAUCUAUCUCUCUUUAA